CUGCUCAAUGACAAAUCGGCAGGGGACUGCUGGGGUCCGGCCCCGGGAGGAGGCGAAGGAGAGGGCGGGGCAGGUUUAAGAGCGGCGGGGUCGGUGCGGACGGCCGAGGCGGCGCGGGACAGGUCCCAGCUCUUCACCUGGGUCUUCUGUUCGUGUGUCGUGACCGGAGACAACCAGCGGCAUGGCGGCAAACAAGAGUAAGAGCCAGAGCUCCCUGGCCCUUCACAAGGUGAUCAUGGUCGGCAGCGGAGGGGUAGGCAAGUCGGCCCUGACGCUUCAGUUCAUGUACGAUGAGUUUGUGGAAGACUAUGAGCCUACCAAAGCCGACAGUUACAGAAAGAAGGUGGUUCUUGAUGGCGAAGAAGUCCAGAUAGAUAUUCUGGACACGGCCGGACAGGAGGACUAUGCGGCCAUUCGAGACAACUACUUUCGUAGCGGGGAAGGCUUCCUGCUGGUGUUCUCCAUUACAGAACAUGAGUCCUUUACAGCAACUGCCGAAUUCAGGGAACAGAUCCUCCGCGUCAAGGCCGAAGAAGAUAAAAUUCCGUUGCUGGUGGUGGGAAACAAGUCCGACCUGGAGGAGCGCAGGCAGGUGCCCGUCGACGAGGCCAGGCCGAGAGCAGAGGAGUGGGGCGUGCAGUACGUGGAGACCUCGGCUAAAACGCGGGCCAACGUGGACAAGGUGUUCUUUGACCUAAUGAGAGAAAUCAGAGCAAAAAAGAUGUCUGAGAACAAAGACAAGAACGGCAAGAAAAGCAGCAAGAACAAGAAAAGUUUUAAAGAAAGAUGUUGCUUACUCUGAAUGCCAAGAUGGCGGACAAAGCAAUGGCCGCUAAGGACAUAGGGCGGGCUCCUCAAGGGAAGAGUAUAGCCCACUUCUUGAUGUAUUCCCUGCCCUCCCAACCUCAUUCACACAUACUUCUUUAAAUGGGGAAAAUAUUGGUGAACCAGUGGCUGGCAGAAGAAAGAAGCCCUGUCCAUGCAUUGGAAUGGCUACUUUGUCGGGAGGUUUUAGAGUUUCCUUCUCUUUCCCCCUCUCCCUCCCAAAAGUUUAAUCACGUGUGUAGUGCUAUCAGUAGGAAAUAGUCAAGAGUUAAAGAGAAAUGCGCUGUCAUAGCAUCUUAUCCCCCACCCCCCUAGGUUUGUAACGUUACCAUCUUUUGGUUUGAAAUAAAAAUGUCCUACUUUAUUGGGUUUGGGGACAGGUGGGUAGGAUAAUACUCUCCCCAACUCUUAUCAGCAUAACAGAAAUACUCAAAAAAGUUCUAAUGACAUUAAGUCCUAAUGACACUGAAAAAUUCAGAGAUUUUUUUGCAGUCAGUUUCUUAGCAAUACCCUGUAGAUUUGAAGUGCAGUGAAAAAUAAAAUGAAUAUGAAUUGGGCCAAAUAGAUCAGUAACAAGCUCAUAAACCCUUCUCACCUAUGAAAAAUAAAAGUUGAAUUCUUCAUUCUUAAAUAUUAGCCAGUGACAACGCGUGUUGGCUAUUUCUGUCCUGUAGCAUCCUGAUUCUUGCAGAGAAGCUUUGUUUUAGUAGAUUAAGUGAAGACUCCAGAGUAGCAUUUUAUACUUUAUACGUGACACACUCUUCUUAUCAGAUUAAAAAAUCUAUCUUUGGAUGUGUCCUCCCCUAAUGGCCAGUCGUGGUAAGGCCCCUCCUUCUCCACUGGUAACCGAUGUGUCCUUCUGGUCGACCUCUCUGCAUGCAGAGGUUGAGCAAGCCUCUUCUUUUGUUUCUUUUAGGUAUAAUGAGCUCUUCUGAAGAAUGUGAUGAGUUCAAAUUGUAUCCUCAAAUCACAAAGCCAGCACCAGUGUCUGACAUUCUGCUACCUCUCAUAGAAUUGCUCUGUAAUUCUAAAUUUAAAAUGAGAAGUGGGAAAGGAUAAGCCAUUGCCCUUUUACCUCUGAGAAUUGGCUGCUGUUUCUAAUAUAGUUUUCUUCUGAGACAGCCAUAGAGUUGGUUCGGAAAAGGCUUUUAUUGAUGAGAUGUGGUAAGCUUUUUUGUAUAUCCAUCUUCUAAUCUUAGCAACCAGAAAACUUUUCCUCAGGAAAGGAGUACUGUGAUAAAAAGCCAGUAUUCAGCACAUUUCCCCCCAUUUUUUGGAAGUGACAUUUCACAUAUAGGUGCCAAAAGGGAAUUGGGGCGGGGAGACUGGGAGCCUUUCAAAUUUAUGGUUAUUACGGAAAUUGUGGAAAUCAUGAUCUGAGUGGAAAGCAAUCUUGUAUCACCUCCCAAAGAAUCAUGGUCUUUUUUAAAUAAAAAAAAAAAAGCAGACAAAUAACACUUUUUCAGGGUUUCAGCCUUUUUAUUUUACCCUUUUGUCAUACAUGUAAAAUGCAAGUAUCAAAGAAACUGACAGUAA